AAAGAGCUCCUUGCUUCGUCGAAGUUCUUCUCGGAGGCCGGCGAAGAUGGCGGCUUGUUCCUUGUCUUCUCCUAUUUCCUGCUCUCAUGGUUCCUCUUCUCCUGGAGUAAAGGCUGCAGGAAAGCCCUCUUCGUUGUCCUGGUCCUCUUCUUUCCCAUCCUUCACCAUCUCCGCCCACUAUCUUUUCGAGAAUCGGCAACCCAUCGCUCCUGAUCGUCAGUCUUUUGUGGUUCAAGCUGCUUGGACUCGUAGAUCCAGAGGUGAAGCUGCAAAGAAGCCGAAUCGGAAGUCAUGGAAACAGAGAACCGACAUGUACAUGCGGCCUUUUCUGCUAAAUGUUUUCUUCUCCAAGAGAUUCAUACAUGCGAAGGUGAUGCACCGAGGAACUAGCAAAGUGAUUGCCGUGGCAACUACCAAUGCCAAGGACCUGAGGAACACACUUCCAUCCCUCAUUGACAAUAAUGCAUGCAUGACCAUUGGAGAACUAAUUGCUGAAAGAUCCAAGGAAGCUGAUGUUUUUGCAAUGGCCUAUGAACCCAGGAAGAAUGAGAAAAUAGAGGGCAAGCUUGGGAUUGUAAUUGAUUCAAUAAAAGCAAAUGGCAUAAUUUUUGUUGAUGAUUAAUGAUUUUGAGUUAUUAUAACCUUCUAGUGAGUUUUUUUGUAUUAAUGUUCUGUAGAGUGAUUUUCUAAUGUUGUGAA